AACCUACUAACACUACUUAUCACCUGACAAUGAAAUUCUUAUCAUUAGCCGUCAAAACAUUGUGAAACAAAAAGCAAUAUUUUAGUUUUAUUUUUGCACUGUGCAUUAAACUAUUCAGAUAAUCACAGAGAGCUGUUGUGUACGGUUAACAUGUGCAACGACUUGGACUUGUUCUUCAAGCCGAUAGUGUUGGUGACGGGGUUCGGACCGUUCCUGGGGCACCCAGUGAACGCGAGUUGGGAGGCGGUUAAGCUGAUGGACAAGGAGGCGCUGGAGAAGCAGCACAACAUCGAGCUGGUGACGCUGGAGCUGCCGGUCACCUACAGCAACGUCGACGAGUUCGUGCCGGCGCUGUGGGACACGCACGAGCCUAAGCUGAUGAUCCAUGUGGGCGUAUCUCGACUGGCGGAGUGCCUGACGCUGGAGACGCAGGCGCACCGCAAGGGCUACCAGCGGCAGGACUACCUCGAGCAGUGUCCCGCCAACCACUGCUGUGCGGCCCCUGGUGGGGGCGCCGUCAGGCUGCACACGAAGCUGGAUGUUUCCAGGAUAUGUGCUGAGCUCAACCAGGACGAGGAGCUCACUGCCAUUGAGUCCAAGGACGCGGGCCGAUACCUAUGCGAGUACAUCUACUACACAUCUCUAGCCGCCGACAACACGCGCACCCUGUUCGUGCACGUCCCCGACAUGAACGUGUGGGACACAGAGCGCGUCACCAGAGGCCUCGAGCGCAUCGUCUCUCUCUGUCUCACGCAGCUGCGCGAGCGGGACAGCCUCAAUGACACCGCGGGGAAGAUGGCUGAAGUCAGCUUACUAGAUACUAACGAGGUUUAACGAAACGUACUACGUAGGCGACAAACACGGGAACGCGAAGCGGAGCGAUGCCGCGCGAGGUGAAUCAAUCCUUCGAUACCUAUAGAAGUGUCCCACGUGGGCGAUCUCGUUGCGAACGCGAACGCCGUGGGCCCGCCGCGAUGAAUCAUGCUGUCCCUGCACUGCAAAUCUGUCAUUUUCAGUAAAAGGAACCAUGGAACAUUUUCGGAUGAAUACA